UACGCCAACAGUACAAGAUGGCGGCAGUAAAGAUGGAGCUAAAAUUAUCUGUUUGUUUAUUAGUAAUUUUGGUCAUUCUGACGCCAUUACCUGUUAGAUGCAAUGACUUCUCUGAUGUUGGGUCUCAUGCUACACAAGAAGCAACAAACAUGACAACCUCUGUCCCUAACAACCUCUCUGCUCUCAUAACAACACCCAACAAAGACAAAUCAGCAAACCAAAACUUCACCACCACUAGUGCUGCCCUGCCUACAACACUCAAGCCUACUGAUUUUGAUGUUGCUACUGUGGGUCCAGAAAGCACCGAGUCUACUGAGCUAAAGCCCACUGACACCUCUGAAGCCAAACUAGCUAGCCCCUCUGUCUUUGAGAAAGAAGAGCCAGGCCCAGCCUUUGAUUUUGAAUCCACCACCUCUCCUAUAGGGAUGACUGACAUUUACAGUUACGAUGAUGAAACAAAUGAUGAAAACUCAAGGUUUGCUGAUGAUGGUCAACAGUCAAACCAGAUAUUCACACAAAAUCUGGAGGAGAACAUUGAUAGCAAUGAUGUGGAUGAGAGGCCUGAAAAAAUCGAUGUUCAUAUGAAGGACACUACCAUCUACACCACCCAAGAUGAAGACUCGCACUUCUUCUUCCACCUGGUCAUCAUUGCUUUUCUAGUGGCAAUAGUCUACAUCACUUACCACAACAAGAGGAAGAUCAUGCUUCUGGCUCAGAGUCGACGCUGGAGGGAAGGCCUGUGCUCCCGUAGUGUGGAGUACCAUCGGCUUGACCAGAAUGUCCACGAGGCGAUGCCAUCCCUCAAAAUGACCAAUGACUACAUCUUUUAAACAGCUGCCCACUAUAAUAAGAUGGACGGGUUUAUUACUGAUUAAAUGCAAGUGUGUGAUAAUGUGCACAGUUAAACGAGAGGACACUUCUAUGCAUUCUUGGAGCAGGAAAGGAGAAGCUUCAUGCUGCAGUAACCUCAUGCAUCUGGGCAGUGCAGUUAGAAUAUCUUUGUUUCUGUGGGUUAGUUAAUUUCAACAUAAUUCUUUGUUUUUCCCAUAUUGUAGGGAAGAAAGAUACGUUAAUAAACUGCUUCAAUGUUGUACAUCUUUUUGGGGAAGAGGGUUAUGUAUUUGUCAAAAAGGUGUGCCCACAUAAAUACAUGAUUAUUGUGCUUAAUAUUUCAUGUCAUUUAGCUCAUCUCACAUGGUGACAACCUUAGAGUGAUAAUGUCUGUUCUCUUUGUGUAUGAAAUUUUACUUUGGCUGACAAUUGUGAAACCAUAGCAUCAAGACACUAUUGUAGCCCAUAUUUUUUAACAUUUAAUUCAAGUGUUCAUAGUUUAUGAUGGCUGUCUUGGCAUUUGUUGACAUGCAAAUGUUUCCCCUUAUAGUUUUAGAUUGCACAACAUUCUGCAUUGUGGCUUGAUUAUUAUUUUAUGUGCUUCUCUUAUUCCACUAAAUGCAACACCUAUCACUACAAUAAGGAAAGAAAUCAUCUAAAGCAGACAAAUCUUAUUCUAUGCUGUGUAGUCUUUGGGCUGGUCCCACUUGUGAUUUUGUUAUGACUUCAGUGAAGUCUAUUACAAUACACAUAGUAUCCUUUUAACUAUACUCCAUGUUCUGCUAAACAUAAAAGCCCUAGUUUAUGUACCUACAUUCUAUUGAAUCACAUUUAAGUUCCUGCUUGUGCUUAGUCUGAUAAAUGAUUCAUACAGGGAGCAAAUUUGCGUAUACGUGCAUACUAUGAUUUCCUAAACUGAAAACAAUGCCAUCUGUAAGUAGUAAGAGUUAUUGUGACUCUACGCCGUUAAAUUGGUUUUGAAAAGAAACAAUGACUUACAUUAAAAUGUAUAAUGCCAGGUUUAAUUUAUUGUUUAUAUAUACAUCUGUAAAACAGGUUGUGAUUCUUUUUAUAUAUAGUUAUCCUGCUUUCAUUGCCUAUGAGUAAUUAACUUGAGGGUUUUUUUUGGGUACUUGUGUGUCAUUACAUCUUUCAUAGACUUUAAUGAAUAAGGAUUGAUAAAAGGUUCAGUUGAUUCUAGUGACAUUUGAAGUCUAAAGAUGCUCUCUAUCAACAUGCAGACCAAAUUCCAGCAUGGUGUCAUGAGGCAAAAAAAAAAAAAAGAAUUCCCGAAUCAGACACUCCAGAGCCCCAGCUGUCAAAAUCAGCUGUUUAAUGCAUUAUUAAGAAAGAAGAAUGCAGUGGUAAGCUUAGCAAUGGCAAAAAACCUAGCAUCGAUGACAGACUACAGUAAUGGAUGAUUAAAGAAUACGUACAUUAAAAUGGUUAAACGGACAAAGCAAUAUCCAAGAUGUAGGGAUAGAUAUGCCAAAGACUCUUGCAAAGGUUAGCAUCUACAUGACUUUAUAGGUUUAUCCAAAAUAGAACUUCUAGACAAAAACAGAAAGGUCAAGUAAAGUUGGGUUAAAUGUGCAAGAUUUAUAUUAACAUGUACAGAAGUUAUGGAAUGUGGAAACAAUGCAAUAACUUAAUUACACGCACCACUUCAUUUUUGAAACCUGGUGGCUUAUGCAUAUAUGGAUGCUAGAACAGGCUAACUUGACUUUGUGACUCUUGACCACACCAAAUUGUGAAUUGAUGUGUAGAAGCAUUCCAACUGUUCAGAUACAACCGAAUGGCUCAAAACCCUGCGUGUCCUUGCAGGUGGAUGAUUAUCUAAAGCAGACUAUUGGGAAAUUUUCCAGGGUGAAAUGUGGAAUGCUCUUGGCUGGCCAAGACAGCUGAUCAGAAACUUGAGCAUAAAUUCUAUUUACAAAAGAUCAAGCAUUACAGGCUCUGCCAACCAUUACCUGUGUCUGGCAAUAUCUAUGGGCUUCAGAUUUCAGUCAUUCAUUGAUUGCAAAGGAUUUGCUACCAACUGUUAAACUUGUCAAUUUACAUUAGUUUGUAAUAUAUUAAGUAAUGUUCAUCUGAAAUAAAAGUGUAAAAUGGGUUGUAGCUCGGGUUCACCAAGUAUAGCUGAAGACAACCUCAAAUUAAACCUAAUAUUCUGAAAUUCAUCCUCAGUCUGUUUAAUUUCAAAUCAAGAUGCUUGAGUAGAGCCAAAACAAUUCUACAGACUGCACUCGAUGUACAGGCUGCAUGUAAUAUCACUACAUAUAUGGGUCUUAAAUAUGUGUAUAUAAAAGUUAUCCGUCCUGUAUAAACGUUUUGUCACGUUUUCCUUUCCUUGCAUAAAACUAAAAUAUUAAAAAAAUGUUUCUGUUGGCUCAAAAUCCAGAUAAAAAAAAUUGCAUUGUACACAGGCAUGCAUUCUAUGCAUGCAUGUAACACUAUAUAUGUUGUAAAUCCAUUGGUCAAAACAGAAUUUUCAAUAAACUGCAAAAAAUUAGUUUAACCUUUGUCAAUAAACCACGUGUAAAUGGUUGUAUAAAUUGCCUAUUUUUUUUUUUUC